AUGGCACAGUCUCCCCUGUCCAAAUGUCCUUCACCUGUUGACACUGACACUCCAGGAUUCCCCGGAAAGCCCCAGUCCUGGUUGCCCAUUCUCCUCCUCCACUCACCCCUUUCCUUUGUCUCAACAGCAUCUCCACUGCUGGGAACGGAUGUGCUUAUGAGCACUGGUGCCUCCCUGACUCCAGUCACGGCACUUCCCUUUCCACCACCUGCUCCUGGCCCCGAACACUGGCCACCCUGGGAGCAGCACCUGCCACCCUCAUUGACCCCAUCGUUCCCUCCUGGAACCACCCUGCUGCUGCCAGCUUUCCCCAUGACACCUUUGGUGGCUACUGGUGGCCAGGUCCCCAUGGCCACUGGGCCUUGCAACAUCACCGUCCAACUAAGGUCAGAAGGGAGGCCAGCAGAGCCCCUCCAGAUGCAGAGCUUCGUUCUUACACCAGGAACUGUCACCUGGGGUGCUCCAGGGGCCCUCAGUGGGAGUGCUACUUGCCCUGCUCCCCUAUCCUUAGCACCCUCAUUGGCGACCCCAGCUGUUGGGGUAACUCAGGCUGCCAUGGGAGGCUGGGCCCCAGGCCUUCCCCCUCUAGCUCCACCACCAGCUGCCCAGCGGGCCCCCAGCAUUCCCCCCAUCAACGCUGGGCCACGGCCACCUGGCACUUCCAGGGAGGGGAGUCUGGCCACCUCCCAGUCUCAGCCCCCGCAGGUUGACUCCUGUAACCGCAAGAGCGUCUACAAGAACUACCGACGUUGGCAGCGCUUCAAGAGCCUGGCCCGGAGGCACCUUCCCCAGAGCCCUGAUGCAGAAGCUCUUUCCUGCUUCCUCAUCCCAGUGCUUCGAUCCCUGGCCCGACUCAAGCCCACCAUGACGCUGGAGGAGGGACUGCGGCGGGCCGAGCAGGAAUGGGAGCGCACAAGCGACUCUGACCGAAUGAUGUAUUACGCGAUGGCGGCAAAGUUCAAGGAAUUUGAGGCAGAGGAGGAGACGCAACUUCAGCAAUUGCAGUCCAUGAAGGGGGUGCAGGGCCUGCCUCCUCCAGCCCCACCAAAGCCGGAACCUCGGGGGCCCCCAGCCCCAAAAGUGGGCCCACAGCUAGGUACCCACGUGCCCACUGGAGCUCAACGCAAAGGUAACAGGGACCUAGGGAUGGCCACUGUCCCCACGUCAGCCCUCUUCCCUCAAGGGGGGCAUUGGUCUUUCCACCUGAACAGCCACCCAGAGGGGGUCUCGGCUGCCCUUUGUCACUAUGGGGUAUUGACCUGGUCUGCUGUUGAGCUCCUCUCCCACCUCCCUCGGCCCCGGGAGACCAAGGCACCCAAGGAGAUUCCCCUUGAGGCUGUCAAAGAAUAUGAGGACAUCUUGGAGGAGCUGCUGGGGCCUGUCCACUUGGCCACUGAGGAGACAGAUGCAGAAUGCCCAGAGGACGGGACCUACCCGGACCCGGGUCUCCUGAGCUACGUGGACCAGCUGUGUUCCCAGGAAGACUUCGUCACGAAGGUGGAGGCCGUCAUUCACCCUCAAUUCCUGGCAGCUUUGCUUUCCCCAGAACCACAGCUGGAUCCCUUGGCACUGGCUGAGGAGUUAGAAGAGGAGGAAGGACUCUCUCUUGAAGAGCUGGUGCAGAAACGACUCCUGGCCCUGAAGGAGGAGUUGGGUGUGCAGGCACCCACCACUCACCGUGCACCCCAACUGGACUCAAGUCCUCGUCAGUCUGAUGUUACACAAGAUGCCCAGAGGCAUGAUGAAGGCCCCCAGCUAGGGGUCAGCGAGGAAGACAGCCCACCAGAGAUGGAGUCUGAGGAACUUCCAAGGGAGGACGCAGGGCCAGGGCCAGAGGAUGGGUCCAGUGAGGAGAAGGAGGAGGUCCCCAGCCUGGACUUCAUCUUGGCCACUCAAAUCAGCCUUAGCUCAGCUCCUGCACCAGCUGCCGAGUCCAGGAAGCGGGAUCUGUGUGGAGGCCAGGGGUCUGAUGACAAGCUGCCCCAGCCCACGCCCGACCUCAGCAUCUCUGGGAGGCCAGCCUUGUCUCCGGAGCUGGCGAGGGGGGGCAAACAAGAUGAUGAUUUCGGGGUUGUGCACACACGCCGCUCCAACCGCUUUGCAGACCAUGGCCGCCACCCCGAGCACCUGAAGGACUUCGCGGCUUCACAAUCGGCUGUCAAGGGAAGCGAGGGCCGGCCCGGGAAGCGCGGCAAGCAACGCCCCAGCCCGAGCGGCCCGGCCCCGGCCGAGAACCCCGGCGCGCGGACGGCGGGGCAGCGAGCCUGGGGUCGGGGCCGGGCUCGGGGUCGGGGUCGCGGGGCCCACGCCGCAGCUGCGUACGCCGAGGCCGGGCGGGGGUCCGCGCGGGCGGGCGGCACGCGGGGCGCGGACACUCACCACACCACGCCGCGGGAGCCCUCGCCGAGGCAGCGGGCUGCUGGAGCGCGGCCUCCCGUCGAACACCUGCCCGCGGACCGCCUCGGGGCCCGCGCCCGCCGCCGCCGCCGCCGCCGUGCUGGGCACGAAGCUCCGCGGCCGCCGCUCUGCUCCCGCCUCGCCUCCCGGAGGGGCCGCGCCGCCGCCGCUGCAGCCGCCGCCGCUGGCGGCAGGGAGCAGGGGCGGCGUCGCUCGGGAGACCCGCAGAGAUGCCAGCCGCUCCAACCGACUGCCGCCUGCCUGCCUAAGUGA